CGCGAGGCGGCCGCGCGCGCGGGAAUCUUGGGCCUCGCGCGCCGCCGUCCGCGCGCCCCCGGCGCCUGCCCCGCCAUGGCCGCCCUGGCGAAAGCCUCCGGCGCGCUCAAGUCGGUGGAUUACGAAGUGUUUGGGCGAGUGCAAGGUGUUUGUUUCAGGAUGUACACAGAAGAGGAAGCUAGGAAAUUAGGAGUGGUUGGCUGGGUUAAAAAUACCAGUCAAGGAACUGUAACAGGCCAAGUUCAGGGCCCAGAAGAUAAAGUAAAUGCAAUGAAAUCCUGGCUCAGUAAAGUUGGAAGCCCAAGUUCUCGCAUAGAUCGAACAAAUUUUUCCAAUGAAAAGGAGAUUCCCAAGCUUGACUUCUCUGGAUUUAGCACUAGAUACUAGCAGAAGAAAACAUCACCAGUCACAAAACUAUGACGUUUCUGCUGCAUGAUAUUUUCUGUGCCUCCAUAAAAUAUCGCAAGAGCAUUUGGAUGCUUCCUAUACUAAAGAUAAAAUAAAUGGUUCCUUUUCACAUGAAGUAAGAAUUCUUAGUUACCGUAUUUUGCACUAUGAAAGUCAAUAGAUAGUAUCUAAAAUGCCAAUAUCUAAUCCAUUGCAUCUUGAGAGAUCGAAAAAUUAUUAAAGUGUCAGUAACUAUUUGUGCACAAUGAGAUUUGUUAUAUAUAACCAUAUGGCACCUAAUCUUUACACUGUGAUUUAUGUUUUAGAUGCAAAAUAAUAAAUUUCAGUUCUACUGUUUGUAAUCUCACCAAAAAUACUUCACUAGAGAACUGGAACACUGGGAGAUCUAUUCUAACAGCUCUGUUCUGUAGAUCUUGUUAUUUGUGACAGUGAAGAUACAGUGGUAAUUUAAAAUAAAUGUAUGUUGUGUCAAAACUAAGAUUAUCUAACCAUCUCUGGUUUAAAAUUCUCUAUAAUAAUGCAGAUAAGUCUUGGAACAAGAUGAUGAAAUGUGUAUGGCCUCUAACUACAGCUUACAUCCAUACUGACCAUAAAGUAUCUUGCUUUUUUGAUACUUACUAAAAUUGAAGAUUGUAGCUCUUUUCGUUAUGGAAAUGUAUUUACUCCUUAGUUAAGAGUGUAUGUUGGACUUUCACUCAACAUGAUGCACCCACGUACAUCACAUCAAGUACAUUAAAGGUCCUGAGAAACUUGUACUAUAUGCUUGCAAUAAAUACUGGGUAAGUCUUU